AUGAGCGGUGGCGCUAGUGGUGGUGGAAGCAAUCCAAAUAGGAUCAGUAGUGGUGGUGGUGGAGGUAGUAACGGUAAUAGCGGUGGAAAUUUAAACAACAAUAACAAUGCCAAAAGUCCUACUGCUCCCAAAUCUAAGACCCAAUCCAAAUCAAUGCGAAUGCGAAUGUUUCCAACUGUUCUUGAUGACAAACUAUCGUUUGGCAUCUGGAUGACACUCAAAUCGGCCAUUCAAGAAAUCCAAAAGAAAAACAAUGGCGGUCUUAGUUUCGAGGAACUAUACAGGAAUGCUUAUACAUUAGUCCUUCACAAAAAAGGCGAUACUCUCUAUGAGGGCGUCAAGGAGGUUAUUCGCGAGCAUUUGGAGGAAAAGAUACGUAUCGAUGUCUUGAACUCCUUGAAUAACCAAUUUCUUCAAGUUUUGAAUCAAGUUUGGUCAGAUCAUCAAACUAGUAUGAUGAUGAUUAGAGAUAUAUUAAUGUAUAUGGAUCGCAUUUAUGUCCAACAAUGUAAUGUUGACAAUGUUUAUAAUGUAGGCUUAAAUCUAUUCCGCGAUCAUGUAAUUAAUCAUCCAUCAAUUAGAGACCAUCUUCGGCACACUCUACUUAUGCAAGUGACAUUAGAAAGAAGGGGCGAAUAUAUUGAGGCCCAUUGGAUCAAAAAUGUUUGUCAAAUGUUAGUACAAUUAGGAAUUGAUAGGCGAUCUGUUUAUGAGGAAAUAUUUGAGGCACCUUUUCUGGAGCAAUCAGCCGAAUUUUACAGAGGCGAAAGUCAACGUUAUUUGAAUGAAAACUGUGCUUCAACUUAUAUUAGAGAAGUAGAACAAAGAAUUGAAGAAGAAUCUAAGAGAGCACAACGUUAUUUAGACGCUGGCACAGAGCAAAAGAUUGUUCAUGUUGUUGAAGAGGAGCUUAUAACUAAGCAUAUGACAUCUAUAGUUGAGAUGGAGAAUUCAGGUGUUGUUAAUAUGCUUAGAGAUAAGAAAGUUGAAGAUCUCAACUGUAUGUAUAGAUUAUUAUGUAGAGUGACUACUGGCUUACAAUGCAUAAUAUCUUGUGUAAGUGCCUAUUUGAGGGAACAAGGCAAAAGUCUUGUGACCGAGGAAGAAGGUGGCAAGAGUGAUGCUGUUCAAUAUAUACAAAAACUGUUAGAGCUCAAGGACCGACUUGAUAUAUUUUUGGUAAAAUCUUUCAACACUGACAAAGAGUUUCUCAAAAUGAUAGCCAAAGACUUUGAGUAUUUUCUCAAUCUAAACCCUCGCUCACCAGAAUAUCUGUCACUAUUUAUCGACGACAAACUUAAAAAAGGCACUAAAGGAAUGACUGAAACAGAAAUUGAACAAGUGCUUGAAAAAACGAUGGUUUUAUUCAGGUAUUUACAAGACAAAGAUGUUUUUGAACGCUACUAUAAACAACAUUUGGCCAAAAGACUACUACUCAACAAGAGUGUCUCAGACGAUUCUGAGAAAAAUAUGAUUUCUAAACUCAAAACAGAGUGUGGUUGCCAGUUUACUUCAAAACUUGAAGGAAUGUUCAAGGAUAUGGCGAUCUCAAACUCUACUAUGGAUGAGUUCAAAUCGCAUUGUAACAAUGCUGGAGCUCAUUUACAUGGGGUCGAUCUCAGUGUACGUGUUUUAACCACAGGAUUCUGGCCUACUCAGUCAACGCCAUUCAAGACUAUAUUACCGAUCGCUCCACGUUCAGCAUUUGAAGUGUUUAAAAAAUUUUAUCUUGCUAAACAUAGUGGACGUCAGCUGAAUCUUCAAGCGCAACUUGGUUGGGCUGAUCUGAAUGCUGUCUUCUACGGCAUUAAAAGGGAGGAACCUGAUCCGGCUCAGAUGCCGAACACUAAGUACCUAAACGACCCCGGUGCAGAACCGAACUCUCAGUUGACUCAAGAUCAACCAAGAAAACAUAUUAUCAGUGUAUCCACCCACCAGAUGUGCAUAUUGAUGCUCUACAAUGAGCGCGACUCUUUCUCAUGUCAAGAUUUGGCCAACAAAACUCAAAUACCUGAAAAGGAUCUCUUAAGAGCACUCAUGUCGUUAGCGAUGGGCAAACAAAACCAACGUAUUUUAAUCAAGAGUCCUAAAACUAAAGAGAUUGAACCUGAUCAUAUAUUCACAAUCAACGAUUCAUUCACAUCAAAACUGUACAGAGUAAAGAUUCAGGCAAUUGCUUGCCGUGGCGAAUCUGAGCCAGAGCGUAAGGAAACGAGAAGUAAGGUCGACGAGGAUAGGAAACACGAGAUCGAAGCUGCAAUAGUCAGGAUAAUGAAAGCCAGAAAACAGAUGUCUCAUUCAAGUCUUGUCAACGAAGUCACCGAGCAGCUAAGAACUAGAUUCAUGCCUAGCCCUGUGAUAAUCAAAAAGCGGAUCGAGGCUUUGAUCGAGCGCGAGUAUCUCGCGCGAACAGAUUUGGAUAGGAAAACAUAUACCUAUGUAGCCUAG